CCACAGCCUCCAAUUCAUUAUGCAGACGCACAGAGAUGUCUUUGGAAACCUGCAAAAGACUAGGCUCCUCUCUGCCCCGCCCUGAGCUGCCCAUGACCCAGCCGGCCUGGCCCCAGGCAGCAGGAUGAGAGGGCUCCGAUGGCGGUACACCCAGCUGCCCAGCCAACCAGACGACCCACUGCCAGGAGAGGCUGAGGACGAGCCUGUGCCCCAAUUUGUGCCAACUGCCCAUGGCCCCGGCAUUGAGGAGGCUUGGGUCCCCUCCCUGGGAGAGAGCAAAGUCCUUCAUGCGGAGGAAUUCAGGCAGCUCAUCCCCCACUUUCCCCCUCGGUUCACUGGCUACUCCUGGACUCUCGUUUACUGCACUGCAAGGGAUGGUUUCAGCCUGAAGAGCUUGUAUCGGAGGAUGGAGGGCCAGAGCUCCCCUGUGCUACUAGUCCUCAGGGACAGGGACGGGCAGAUAUUUGGUGCCUUCUCCUCGACAGCCCUCCGGGUCAGCAGCUGUUUUUAUGGCACUGGAGAAACCUUCCUGUUCUCCUUCUCCCCACAUCUGAAGGUAUUUAAGUGGACGGGAAGUAAUUCUUUCUUUGUGAAAGGAGACCUGGACUUGCUGGUGAUGGGCAGUGGCAGUGGACACUUUGGGCUGUGGUUGGAUGGGGACCUGAACCACGGUGGGAGCCGCCCCUGUGCAACCUUCAACAAUGAAGUCCUGGCAAGCCGGGAAGAAUUCUUCGUACAGGAACUGGAGGCCUGGGCCUUGGGCUGAUGUCCCCAGGAAGCAGACUGACCUUUUCACUGUUGCUCACCACUUCUCUCCCCAGGGUAACAGCAUAUAGCAUUAAGGGGCAGUUUAUAAGUUGUUGGCCCUGGUUCCUUGGUUAGCUUUGUGAAUAUCUGCUGUACCCACUUAUCAGAAGGCUUGUAUAACUAGGGAAAGAAUAUGGGGGCUAGAGCCCAUCUUAGAAGUAUAUUCCAGUUGCUAAUGGACAGCCUUCUUCAGAACUUCCAGAUAACCUGACAAAAGGAACAAAGUUCCCAAUAAAGACUGCUCCACUCAGGGUCCUGGGAACUGGAAAACCACUCUUAUUUCUUCUCAACACUGCCCUAUCUUGUAAUUUUCUCAAAGGCUAGUUACUAUGGACACUGUGACCAUGAUGUUUCAUGGCCGGUACACUUCUCUGCCCCAAUCCAAGCAAUGCUCAAAUCCGGGAGAUGAUUUAAGAAGUGGUUUAGGUGGGGGAGAGAUCACAUUUCGGUUCAAACACUCUGUAUUCCCUUGUUUAAGAUGUUUCAGUUGCCAUGGGCUGGUCUACCAUAGUUACAAACUACCCAAAUCCACAUCAGGCUGAAACCCAGAAUAAACUCUUUAUUGUGGAAAUACGACAGAGUCAUGCGGGAUCAACAUUAUAAACGUUUUCACAUGCCUGGCCAACCAUAAGGAGUUAGUUCUAAGAGACAGGAGAGGAAGAUUGUGGUCUAUAUCCAAGGAGGACAUCAAAGAAGGAUCCAUCUGAAAUCUCUUUUGCUCCUGAUGUUGCUCAGGAGAGGCUGUGAGUCUCUGGGCACGAGAAACUAAGAUAAUUCUACUGGUCAAGUACCUGCUUUUCCCUCCACUAUUAAAAGACUUUUCCCUUUCAUGGCUUCUAUUCCUGUGAAGUUGGGUCAUAGAAAUGAAGUUACACAGAUUGAGCUAAAUGCCAUCUACACUCACAGGACGAAUGGGUUGAUGAGAGAAUGAAACAUUUGUGGCCAAGAUGAAACAGGUUUCUCUUGUUGGAUGAAAGAACAAUCUUGGGUAAACCAUGGGUCCAAUUACAGCCGGAUAAUGACAAGUAGCAUGAAAGAAAUCCUGAGAGCAGAUUAUUUGGAGAUACAUUCAUAAAGCUUCAUUGCUGUAUUUCUCCACGCCUGUCACAGCAAUCAAUUUUUUAAAAUGCUAUAGUCUUAACAAGAGACUUUAAUUCCAGUGAUGGAAUUACCAAAGUUUGCA